GCCGCUGCCGGCAGCCGACAAGUCGAUCCCGACCGAGUGGCACGACGUCGAUCGCUCCUUCCUCCUUUCCGCGUGGGGCUCGCACGCCCUGCAGUCGUGGGAGGUGUCCACGCGCGUGAUGCGUCGCUGUCUGGCCAGCCUGCAAGACCCCAAGACCGAGGUGGGAUUGGUGGUGAUGGUGGGCAGCGUCAUGGGACUCGGAAUGUACGAGGGCUACCUGCUCACCAAGAAGAGGAGCUUGGACAUGGAGACGCUGCGAUUCAUCACGCGGUACGGAUGGGAGAACGUGCUGCCUUCGUUCAUCUGGAAGACCAAGCAGGCUGCCACGAUUGUGCGGGCGCAGGGCAGGGAGUUCCCCUCCAAGCUGCUAUGGACUCCCUCGCACCCGAUCACCUCCGAGGAGGCCUCACGCCAGAGCCUCCAAACGAUGCGAGCGAUGGUGGCCGGGUUCGUGGGCAUCGCGCAGGCGUUCAACGUGGUGGCUCAGGGAUUGAAGCUUCACAUCAGUACCGCCAAAAGGUGAUGCAUGGAAGAGAGCCCAUGCUCACCUACUCCGGGCCGAAGGAGCGUGUGGUCAGGCUCGGCGGCAAGUCCAGCGACUGCACGGAGCUGUCAGUGGAACUGGACGGCCUGCAUAUCGUACCGAUCGUGGAGGAUCCAGGGAUUCUCCACGACUUCACGCAGAAGGGCAAGUACCCGAUCUUCUGGAGCAUCCGCGCCCGCUCCUACGGCAAGAGGCACUCAUGGAACGGGUUCAACGUGGACCACAAGUGGCUCAUACGCACAGAACAGGGCAAGCGCAUACUCGUCGUCGAAGCCGACAGCAGCGUCGGCGAGCAGUCGCUCUCUUUGCGACACGAUCUCGACGAGGACCUCACCAUUCAAGACGCCUCUCAGGCCUUUUUCAUGAUCGAGCAACGGCUGCGCAAGGACCCGGCGGUGACCCCGGAGGACAAGGUCAUUCGAGUCCUCCUGGCCGAUCCGCAAAUGAGCAUUGAAACGGGAGGCGGCAAUAGGUAUACUGUUGCGGAUCGAGUGCGAGAGCUACGUGAGGUCGAUGUGCUGAUCGACUCCAAGGCUCCCCUGCUGCGCGCCAUCUUGGAUUGGGCCAACGGUAAAUUUACCGCGGGAGCGGCUACGCAUGACGGCAAUGAGCAGCCGGUGGGGCGGACGCAGCCCGACGAACCGGACGAGCGUCCGGGUCCGUCGCGCAAGAAGAUCGUGUUCGACACGACGAACCGGGGCUACUUCCGUACGCUCCGCGGGCUCUUGAGCAACUUUGGCUUCGAGGUUCUGGAUGCGAGGGACACGGAGCGCUAUGACCCGCGUACAACUCCGCGGCUUGUGUACAUGGAAACCACGUUUGACACGCUUAACACCAUACGAUCGCUCGUGAACGUUGGUUUGGUGCCGGCCAACCAAUGCUGCGCCCUGGUGGAUCGCAAAGAAGGCCUUGAGGUCGCCGAAGACAUCAACGAGGCCCUCUUGAAGCGAGCCAAGCACAAUGAAAGUGAGGCGCGACAGCAGAUGAGCGUCAUCUGCAGCUCGGUCAUCUACGACAACCUGUUCCGCCAGGUCCGCCUGCUUCUGCGCAAAGGCCACACCCCGGUGCAGGUUUGCCUCCACCAGCACGUUCACCCUUCCUGCGAGGCGUGCAAGAGGAGUUGGACAAGGCGUUCCGCUCCUACUCCCUGGCCAUGCCCGGUAGUACGUCGGGCAAAGAGGCACCCGCCAUCGUGUAAGAUUGCCGUUGUGAAAAAGAGAAACAAGUUUACAUUCUUUGUCCAACCAGAGCAAGAUUGA